CCCAUGGCCGAGCUGCCCCCCGAGGCCUCCUGCCCCAUCUGCCUGGAGCUCUUCAGGGACCCCGUGUCCAUCCACUGCGGCCACCACUUCUGCCGGGGCUGCAUCAGCCGCUGCUGGGAAGGGGCCAGCGAGGGGUUCCCGUGCCCGCGGUGCCGGGAACCGGCACCGGAGCCCACCCUGCGGCCCGGCCGGGACCUGGCCCGGCUGCUGGACAUCGCCCGCAGCCUCUGCCUGGGGGCAGCCCGGGGGCAGCAGCAGGAGGAGGAGGAGGAGGAGGAGGAGGAGGAAGGCUGUGAGAAGCACCGGGAGCCCCUGAGGGUAUUCUGCGAGGAGGACAAAGCGCUGCUGUGCGGGGUCUGCCGCGAGUCCCGCGCCCACCGCGCCCACACCCUGCUGGCCCUGCCCGAGGCUCACAGGCGCUUCCAGACCCAAGUGCAGGCCGGGCUGCAAACCCUGAGGGACGACAGGGACCGACUCCUGGAGCUCCGAGAGGCUGAAAUGAGGAGGAACUGGGAGUUUUUGGAGAAGAUGGAAGGGGAGCGGCAGAGGGUCCUGUCCCUCUGCCAGGGGCUCCAGCUGUCCCUGGAGGAGCUGGCCCAGGAGCUCCUGGCCCGGCUCGGGGACCUGGAGAGGCACCUGGAGAAGCAGCAGGAGGAGAAGGUGACGAGCCUGACCCAGGAGAUCUCCCGGCUGGACUCCCGGCUCCAGGAGCUGCAGGACAAGCUCCAGGAACCGGCCGGGACCUUCCUGAGGGACAUCGGCAGCACCCUGAGCAGGCACGGACGGGAACGUUUCCAGCCGCCCCCGUCGCCUCUCCCGGAGCUGGAAGAGAGGAUCGGCCGCUUCAGGGAGAGAAACGACGCCCUGGAGGGGACUCUGAGGAGCUUCCAAGACGUGCUGAUGUUUGAGCUGCCUGAAAAGAUGCUGGUGACCCUGGACCCCCUCACGGCCCAUCCCCAGCUGGUUGUGGCCCCCGAUGGCAGCAGCGUGAGGUGGGAGCCCCCCGAGGAGGGGCUUGGGCACGGCCCCUCGGACCCCUCAGACCCCCGGGACCCCUCAGACCCCUCAGACCCCCCAGACCCCCCGGCCCCGUCGGUGCUGGGCCUGCCUGGCAUCUCCUCCGGGCGCUGCUGCUGGGACGUGGAGGUGUCCCCCGAGGGCUCCUGGGCGCUGGGGGUGGCUGGGGACGGGGUGGGGAGGGGGGACCCCCUAGGGCAGAGCCCCCCACGUUCCAGGGGGGCCCAGUGGGCGCUGGGGCUGUGCCAGGGGCAGCUGUGGGCGCUGGGGCUGUGCCAGGGGCAGCUGUGGGCGCUGGCGGGCCCGGAGCGGGUGCCCCUGGGGCGGGGGCGGGUUCCCCGCAGGGUCCGCGUGUCCCUGGACCCCCACGCCGGCCGCGUGGCCUUCUUCGACGCCGCCAGCAGGACCCUCCUCUUCGCCUUCCCCGCCGCCUCCUUGGGGGCCGGGGGGGUCCGGCCCUGCUUCCUGCUCUGGGGGGAGGGUGCCCGGCUCGCCCUGUGCCCCUGA